GUUUUCUCGUAAGAAAAAUCCACGGCUGAUGAAUAUUUUGUGACAGGCAGUUGUAGAGUAGUUUCCAAUGAACUAACGAGACUACCAAAUUCAUUGUCACUUUAAUCGUUUUAGUUGCUUUUUUGGUCUUCGCAAGAUUGAAUUGCUUUCAACGAGCAGUUCGCACACCCGGUUUUAAUGAUGUUUCAAAUUUAGCGCAGUUGUACUUGUCCUUUUCAUAUAUUAAAAACUUCAAUUGCCUUCUGGUAUUUUGGUAUUGACAGGUAUCCCAUAUCUCUGUAGUUAGUUCUGCUUUUUCUCCGUAAUUAUUCGUCCAAAAGGACUUCUACAGUUAUCAUUUAUGGGUUCAUCCCAUAUUUAUACUCUCAGCUAUUUUUCUAUUCCUUUUCGUUGAUCGAAUUUGGCUCUUGAUGGGCGUUCCCCGUUUAGGUAGAUUUCUGGAGCCCUUUGGAAAGGUUCUUCAUUUUCUUGUUCACCCAUCUGGAUCUCCUGGUAGUAUAGUAAUAGACGGACCCGCGUUUGCUUACUGGCUUUGGUUUACUGUCUCUACAUCUCCUGCAAAUUAUCGUGCGUUCCAAGAUGCCAUCCUCAAUUUCCAUCAGUUCAUGUUAACUUUAGGAUUUCGUGCUAUAGAAUAUGUGUUUGACGGAGGACUACCUUAUUCUAAGCACCGGACAAGAAUAGCUAGAUAUCAGCAGAAUAUAUCGGACCCCAUCAAUGCUUAUGUGCAUCUUUGUGUCCCAAUUGCCCAUCAUGUUCUGAAAGGAAUUGCUGGAGCAUGUGUCGUCGUCUGCAAUCAAGAAGCUGAUAAAUAUUGCGCAAUUCGAGCAAGGGAGUUAGACGGCAUUGUACUUAGCCAGGAUUCAGAUUUGCUUAUGUUCAAUUUAGAAAACCCUCAUACUGGUUAUGUGCCGUUACAUUCUAUUUCUAUCACUUCGAAGGGCUUGCAGGGAAAGCUCUACAAUUUCCAAGAUUUAAAAAGGCAUUUUCCAUUUGAUAUCCAUUUACUAGCUGCUUAUUUGGGAGUUGAAGGCCAUCCGGAAGAUCAGGUUAUUGAUUAUCACAGCAGCUUUCAGCAAAUUUGUAAAACAUUAGAAGAAAACGUGAAAGCUGGGACGUUGGAAAAACUCAUCUCAACACAAGAGUUACAUCGUGUUCACAAGUUUUAUUCAUUAGACGAUAUUAGUCUAUAUUCUUCUCAGUUAAACGAUUUCAUAUGGGGAAGAGUGCAAGAACUAUUGCAUUCCACAUUGGAUCCUCCGGAAAUGUGGCUUCCCCAAUUACCUGAAUUACCGGCCCGUCCAUGUAGUUGGACUGAAAGCGCACCCUUGAGAUUGCAGGCAUAUGCAAACUUCUUUACUAAUCAAAAAACAAACACCCAAGUGCUGGAAUAUUCACGGAAUUAUGCGCAGCUAAGCAAAAAGCUUAUACCGACGAACUUUGAUUAUGCUUCAGUUAUAGACACAAUGCAAAACAAGUUUGCUAAUUGGCCUCUUCCACAUCGGCUCGUUUUAUGGACUUUAAGGUGCCUCAAAAAUCUCACAAAUGUCGCUGCAACGGGCUUUCUAUUAAUGCACGCUAGUCUUCACCUUAAUGCACCUUUACGUUUGCAAUCUGUUACGCCAACCCAAGAAGGGACUGCAUUGGUUUCCCGUUAUGUAGCUACGAGCUACUCAUUGUGUAUGUUAGUCUUUAGUGAAUCUGAUAAAGGCCGUUCCAUUGACCUUCAAAGCUUUUCAUCCUUUAGUCCUCUUUCAAGUACGGUCAACUUCAAUUUAUUCCAUGAAGCAAUGGGUAAACUAAAAACGGGAAGAAGUCCUCUUAGCAUUGUUUCGGACAAAGCCACUGCCGAAUUGACUUACGAAUUGUACAAAGAACUUUCUGCAGACUAUCAGGAUAUGGAUAUAAUUAUGAAUAUUUGGAACACGCAAACCACUAAAAAGAAACGUAAAAAAAUAAAUUAAAUACAUUGAUUAUCACAAAUGACACCAUUAAUCACCUUUCUUUU